AUGAUACGUGCAGGUGGCGCAACGCCAAUCAUAGUACUUAGUCAGAAUACUACCAGAGAAAGUGGCCAUCAGGUGCAAGCUGGUAACAUUGCUGCUGCUAAGACUAUUGCUGAUGUCAUUCGCACAAGUUUAGGUCCAUGUGCAAUGCUAAAAAUGCUAAUGGAUCCAAUGGGAGGCAUAGUUAUUACUAAUGAUGGUAAUGCAAUUUUACGCGAAAUUACCGUGAAACAUCCAGCGGCGAAGUCAAUCAUUGAAAUAGCUCGUACGCAGGAUGACGAAACUGGUGAUGGUACAACCUCGGUUAUAAUAUUAGCUGGUGAAGUGAUGUCUCAGGCACAGCAGUUUUUAGAUCAGAACAUCCAUCCAACUAUUAUUAUUCAGGCUUAUCGAAUGGCUCUAGAAGAUAUGAUUGUGCUUGCCGAAGAAAAGUUCAGCAAGCAAAUUGACGUAAACAACGAUGCGGAAGUCGCCUCUGUUAUCAAAUCAUGCUUGGGUACAAAAAUGUUGUCGAAGUGGAUGGACUUAGCUGUCAAAAUAGCUCUGAAUGCUGUUAGAACCAUUAGAAUUGUCCAGCAUGGUCAUCAGGAAAUUGAUAUCAAGCGUUAUUGCCGUAUUGAAAAGAUACCGGGUGGGCGAAUUGAAGAUUCGCAAGUGAUAAAAGGCGUAGUGUUAAAUAAAGAUGUGACACAUGCGGGAAUGUUUCGUCGGAAAGAAAAGCCACGUGUUGUACUUCUUGACUGCAACCUUGAAUAUAAAAAGGGUGAAAGUCAAAUGUCACUAGAAAUCAUGAAAGAAGAAGAUUUUAGUAAAGUUUUAGAGGAGGAAGAAGAUGCAAUCAAAAAAAUGUGUGAUGACAUAAUUGCCGUGAAACCGGAUGUUGUUUUCACAGAGAAAGGCGUUUCCGAUUUGGCUCAACAUUUUCUUCUGAAAGCGGGUAUAACAGCAAUUAGACGCUUGAAGAAAACUGACAACAACAGAUUGGCUCGUGUUACUGGAGCAACAAUCAUUAAUGAUACGCAAGAUCUUCGCGAAGAAGAUGUCGGCACGAAUGCUGAUUUAUUUGAAAUCAAGAAAAUCGGUGAUGAGUACUACACCUAUGUUACUUCAGAAAAAGCUACUGCUGCAACCGUGGUUUUGCGAGGCCCAAGCAAGGAUAUCAUCAAUGAAAUAGGACGAAAUCUUGAAGAUGCAUUAAAUGUUGUGCGUAAUAUCAUGGUAAACCCACGGCUUGUUCCAGGUGGUGGUGCUAUAGAAAUGGCGUUAGCUCAGGCCUUAAACGAGAAAGGCAAAUCAAUUGAGGGCGUGCGUCAGUGGCCAUACAAAGCAGCUGCUCAUGCUCUUGAAGUUAUCCCAAGAACACUGGUGCAGAAUUGUGGUGGUUCGACAAUUAGACAGUUAACAGCUUUGAGAGCAAAGCAUGCUCAGGCUCCUAGCAAUUGGACUUGGGGAAUUGAUGGGUGUACCGGUCAGUUGGCUGAUAUGAACGAAUUAAAUAUUUGGGAUCCUCUCUCGGUUCGCCUGCAAGUUUUGAAGACAGCGAUUGAGACGGGAGUAUUGUUGCUACGAAUCGAUGACAUCGUUUCAGGAAUAAAGAAACAUGAUGGCGCUAGUUCAAGUGGUGGAAAUCCUGUUGUUGAUUCUUGA